AUGAAAAAGAAACACAUCUUAAGCAAUCCUUAUUCAAUGUCUUGACAAAUUAUAUCAAGUGACCAAACUAAUUCCCUAUUAGAAUCACUUAGCUUAGAAAUAAAAGCACAAUCGUCGCCCUCAAUAAGAAACGAAGAAAAAAAGCAAAAAAUAGAAAAUCCCGACACUCAUAGAUUUAGUAGAAUACAUUUGAUUCUGGGUAUCAAGAAAAUAAUCUCAGAAAUUGAUCAAAUCAGCUCUAUUUUUUGUUUUAUUGAUAAAAGCACUGAAGUAUUGUUAGAGCCUCUCAUUUUUCUAGGCAGAGAAAAAGGAGUAAAAGUGAUGGGAAUGGAAAUAAAUGAGCAUUGCUUAAGUUUUAGACAAAUAAUAGGAAUAGAUAAACUUGUUGCUUUUGCACUCCCAAAAAUUCAUUGCUUUUGCUUAUCACAAAACAUUAUUGAGCAGCUGCCAGGAAUAGAAAUGAAUAGGACAUUUUUGAAAGGAGUAAUCAAAACGAGAGAAAUUAAGAUUGUAAAAAACAACAAAAAUAACCAGAAAAAAACAAAUGCAAAGCCCCAACCCAAAGCUUAA